UACAUUUAGGUACAAAGAACAUAAAAAACAAUCAGGUUUCCCUACUGUAGCUAUGAUACUAAGAAUUGUUUUCUUAGUCAAGUCUGGUGGAACAGUGGGGUUGGUUUAUGAACCAUUUAAGAAGACAAAGCCUUUGGACCCCCGGCCCUCCAAUCCAUCUUGGUCCUCUUUUGCUUAUGACCUCUCUGGCUUUAUUUUACCUUUGUAGUCUUGUUCUUUAUGUGGACUAGUGUUGUCUUGGUUCUUGGGGGCGAAAUUAUCUUCCUCGUUUGUACAAUGGUUGAACUCUGCCAUGAGGCUGAGGGAGGAGGCGAUCAGUACAUCAGAGAGCUGAGCAAGCUGGCGGCAGUUUUCUCAGAGAUGGAAAUGAGAGGGAAAAUGUUUUUGAAUAAAAAUGUAUGUUCUGGAGGGUUUCAAGUAAAGAAAAAAAAAAAUUAAGGUAAUUGCCCAACUUCUGUUCUUUGUGCCUUCAAAGCCUUACUGUGGAUUAAUGUUUGUUUCCUAAAAGAUGGUGUGUGAAGAAAGGUGUCCAGUAGCCUGCGCAUAAAAGUUUUUAUCCAUACCUUCUUCUAUUUAAGAAUCUGCACCAGUUAUUUCCAGUCUACUUCAGCUUUUGCCUCUAAGGGGCUUACUUGCACACCUGGAAUAAACUUGUGUGAUUUACUGUAUUUUAUUUUUUCUUUAUUUUUUUUUAUACUUCAAGACAACUUUUCAGUUUUGUGUGAUUUAUGAACUGUCUGUUUUAGGGUUGUAUUCCAAUCCUAACCCACUCUUUUACUUGAAGCACAUGCCUCUUAAUGACAGCUCACAUUUAGGUUCUUUGCCCAGACCUCUCAGGCAGAGUUAUGAAAUCCUCAUUAUUAUGGAAGAGGCUUGUUAGAGGUUAAUUUGCAAGUCCGUGGUAGAGAUAGAGUAAUAGACCCCUUUAAUCCAAUUCAAUUGAGAAAGUACCUCUUUGUUUGUAGGGAUUGUAGGCAGUCCGCUGCGGAAGAGUAGGUUUUGGAACUAGAUUGUUGGAGUUUGAAGCCCAGCUAUCACUUUCUAGUCAUGUGAGCUCUGUAAAAUAUGAGUGCCUACUUUUAAAAGUGUCAUUGUAAGAAUUAAAUCCACAUAAAACACUUGGAACAAUGCCUAGCACAAAAUAAAUGCAGGGAUGUUUUAUUUAUAUUCCGUUGGCCAAAUGCUUUUUUUUGUUUUGUUUUUUUCAUUCUUUAGCCAAACGCUUAACUUAUGAAAUGUAUGGAUGUCUGCAGGAGAAAUGGGCACAGUCUGGAAAGCAUUUGCUUCCCCUGUUUUUCUUGGUGUGUUUGGAGUGAGCCCCGAGCUUCGCAGUUAACUUCUCUCUUUAUCUCCAGAGUUUGGAGGCUUCUGAAAGCAAAUGUCAUAGUUUGGUGUUGCCAGGCUCUGUUGGGUCGCUGCUUUGCUAUUAUCUUGGGGGUCUAUGUGCCCCACCCCCCUACCUCCAGCUCGGAGGGCAGGCAAACCGACUUAGAGAUAUGGGCAAUUCAAGCAAGGAACAAAUCUGGCUUAUCCAAAUUUCCAUAAGGAUGGAACUUUGUUAGGGGAGGAUUCAGCUCGGUUUUCCUUAUCUCUGAGAAAGUUAGGGAACUUCAACUACAGAAUCUGGCUCAGUCCGAGGUCUGUAUUGAAAUGGCGCUUUCGGGACAAACAAGCAACACCCCGUGGAAGUGAUAGACCUGAUUCCGGAAGCACUGUGGCUAGGCGCCAAGUUUAAAUUCAUAACCGUGAAGUUCAGAUUUUGUUGUCUGGUGAUCCACGCUGUGAUAGGUGGGUAUAGGAGCACGGGAAUACGUCAGUUCCUACCCCCUGCUGGGGCGCUGGGCUCUAUAAAACGGUCUCGCGCCUGGCAUCACUCCCCAGUUGCUCAGGGUCUUGCACACCUCCAACUGCCAGUUGUAGGUGAGCAGGAAUCCGCCACGCUGGAGGCCGCAACACCGGACAUGGACAGGUCCGAAGAAGAGCCUGGCCAAUCGUACUUCGAGGAUGAUGAUUGUUUCAUUCUCACUCUUGAUUCCAGCGAUGAAGACAAUGAGUCCCAUGAAGACAGUGAGUCUGUUGUGACCACAACAGAAGCCCCGAAGAGAUGGAGCAGCAGCUUCGAGAUGAUUGACUGGGAAUUUGAUGAUGAAUACUUCUCUAAGGAAAAGAAAGCCAGGCUAUUGGAAACAGGUAGUGAUGAAGAGAUUCUGGAGGAGUUAUUUGAUAUUGAUGAUGAGCCGAUCAUCAUGGAGCCUCUAGUACUUGAAGAAGAUGAUGAAAGCAAUGAUUUGAAGGAUCCUGUGCUAAAAGAAGGGGAUUCCUGUGAUCAGGGCCAAACUGCCUGCGAUGAGGAAGAGCUGGACGAGUCUGCUGUCUCCCAGCACAAUGCCUCUGAUGAUGUUGCUGAGCAGGAUCUUGGUGGAAGUCUCGGCCAGCCACCAAGUGAUCCUGGGGCUAACCUAGAGAUUUCAGAUGGAAAGAUGCCAACUGAUGAAGAGCCUGAAUCCGUGGUGGAACAACCAAGGAAAAAGAAGCAAAAAACCAAAAAUAUUUGUGUGCCAGCCGCUGUUAAAGGACAAAAAAGUGGGCCUUCCAAGAAGAAACCCAGCGCAGCAAAAGUUGAAAAACUGGAGGAUGGGCACCCUACGUGCAACAUACCUGGAUGUUUCUUGCUUGGCCUUGAAUACUUAAAGCAAUAUUCCGGAAGGAAAUUCAAGCAAAAUAAGGAUGAACUGGUUCAGAAGAUCUACAGCCUGUUUAAUAGCUCCGUCUUUGAUCAAAAGCUGCCGGAGAAGAUAGACAUUGCCUGGAAUAAAAAGAUGCUGAGAACUGCUGGCUUAUGCACCACCGGCGAGAAACAGCACCCGAAGAGGGAGCGCUUCGCCAAGAUCCAGAUUGCUCUGAAAGUCUGCGACUCUGCAGACCGACUCCGCGAUACUUUGAUCCAUGAGCUAUGCCAUGCUGCCUCCUGGCUGCUCGAUGGCGUCCGUGAUUCUCAUGGUGACACAUGGAAGUAUUAUGCCAAGAAAUCCAACUUGGUGCACCCGGAGCUGCCCUUGGUCACCCGUUGCCAUAACUACACCAUUAACUACAAGAUUCAGUAUGAAUGUACUCGGUGCAAAUCCAGGAUCGGCCGCUACACCAGAUCAUUGAACACCAAGCGCUCCAUCUGUGCCGAAUGCAAGGGGUCUCUGGUCAUGCUGCCCUUAACUCGGAAGGAUGGGACCCCCAUUACACCGCAUGUGCGCCCAUUUGCCAAGUAUGUGCAGCAGAAUUAUAGAUUAGUUCUGCAUAGCAAUGCGGGGAUUACCCACGGGGAUGUCAUUAGAAAGCUCAGCAAGGAUUUUGCUGCCAAGAAACAAAACAAAGCUCCUUAAGGCUGUCAGAGGAUGUAUUUGUAUGAGCAGAAUCCUUUAGCUUAGAUAAGAAGUUUUAGAAAAACCUGUUUCUGUGAAGUUAGCAAUAUUAGAAUGUAAGUACAUUUUUUGAUUCAUGUCACUAAUGCUGAUUAUUCUUAGCCAAAGGCUCUAUUGCUAACCACCUUGUGCCCUUGACAGUACUCUGAAGCCCUUCGGAUCUACCUUGAGUUUUAUUUUGACGCCAUAGUUUGACUUUGUAAAACAAAAUGCAAAAGAAAAAUGAGUUAGAGUGGCAGGUUGGAGGAAUGAAGAUUAUGCUGGAAAGAGAACAAGUUUUAAAAGCAGUGCUUCCAAACCAGGGCUACUGUCAGAUGUAACCUGCUCCACCCACCUAGACAGACAAGACAAGUGUAUUUCAUGAAUUUAGUCGCUAAUGACAUUGAAUGAAGCCAUCUGAGCCAUGUAGUUGUUCAUAAAAUGAAAUAAAAGUGUUUUCUGCAUCUCA